GAAAUAACGAAAGCUCGCCAAAUUCAGAAUCUGUUAUAUGCAGACGAGGAAAUGGUAAAUUUCCACUAAUAAUUUGAACGGUUUAUCGUUAAAUUAUGGAAAAGUCAAACUAUAUCAAUAUGAGAAGAGGAAAGAGUGCCACUAGGUAUCCCCCGCAACUGGUGACCAAAUAUGCUGUUCAUUUUAUUGUAUCCAACGGAGGACAACUGAUGAUCUCCCAGCUUUUACCUUUGAUUUGUCAGUAUCCUGAACUCAGUGAUUUGGAUAUUCGAAAUUUGCUAAAGACAUUAGAAGAUUAUCCCAAUGUCUUUGAGCUAGUGGACAACAACAAGAGAGAACCACAUAUCUCGGUCCUCUUAGCGUUUGAAUUGCAAAUAUGCGACCAGCCCAGAAAAUGCGGAGGUUUUCCAGGGUGUAAAGCUCUGCACAUCUGCACAUAUUUCAUUCAAAACAAAUGCCGGGAAAAUUCAGACAGAUGUAUAUUUGGACACUCUUUGCAUUCGCAUCAGAAUCUUCCUAUCCUAGCACAACACAGUCUUGACCAAAUAGAGCCAAUGAAAGUCAAAGAAUGGAUGCAGCAACAAUACAACUAUAGGUCUAGAAUUUCUCGCCCGCCUCAGGUCUGCAUCUUCUAUAAUACACAAAGAGGAUGUAAGAACGGCGACAACUGUGAAUUUUUACACCUCUGCAAUUACUUUGUCAAAAGAAUCUGUAAGUUUGGGUCCCGUUGUUCUAGGAGCCAUACCCUUCUCUCGAAAAGGAACACUGAAAUUCUUCAGGAACAUGAUAUUGACGUAGGAUCCAAUCCAGAUCAAAUUCUAGACAUGCUAACCGCUCACAAUACACAGGACAAGCAAUUUGACAAAUUCGAAGGCCAUCCUUGUGUAUCUGCAGAACCUGAUUACCCACUGUCACAAUCCAAUACGGACGAAGGGAAUUAUAUGACUCCAGGAAAACCAUUCCUGAUUGAAGUAAAAUCGGAUUGUAUAAAGCUGCAGUGGGGGCCUGUAUCCCAGUUAUCCUCUGAACAGGAAUAUCAGAUACAGUACAAAGAAAUGUCGGAUGGACGAUGGUAUACAUACAAUCAAUCAGUAUCCUAUGAUUCAACGCGAACUUCCGUGUCGGGUUUGAAGUCACAAUCGUCAUAUUCAUUCCGGAUCCGUGUUAUAGAUGCCAGGAAAGGGAAAGAAUAUCCAUUUAGUGCCGAAAGUCCAGUUUUCGAAACACCAGAAUCUCCGGCUUUGAAGAUGCUAUAUUAUUCCAAGUUGUUCAAGUCUGGAAAUCCAGAUAUACUUCGACUGCCUACGAAAGAGGUUUUAAAAGCAAGAAACAGCAAAGUCAAGUCCAAGAAACUUUCUGUAGGUUCAGAUAGAUUAUUUUUAUCUGAGAAAACUAUAAUGUUAGUUGGAGCCACAGGAAGCGGAAAAAGCACUCUAAUUGAUGGUUUUGCUAAUUAUCUGUUCGAUGUGAACUGGGAAGAUCCUUUUCGGUUCACAUUAGUGGACCUUGAACACGAGGAAAAGAGAAGACUUGGCGAUCAGGCAUUAUCCCAGACUGAAUGGAUCACAUGUUACAGCAUUUAUCCAGAUGUAGCAAGCAAAUUAGACUAUGCACUGCACAUAGUGGAUACUCCAGGAUUUGGAGACACGAGAGGAGUUCAACGGGAUCAGGAAAUAAUUGACCAGAUUCGAGAAAUGUUCCUUUUACCAGGAGAUAAAGGAAUGGCUUGCCUCGAUGCCGUCUGCUUUUUAGUGAAAGCUCCAGACGCUCGACUUACACCAUCUCAGAAAUAUAUUCUGAACGCCAUUUUGUCCUUGUUUGGAAAGGAUAUGGAGAGUAAUAUAUGCACAUGCAUUACAUUUGCGGAAGCACAAGAACCUCCAGUGCUGGCAUCUUUAGCCAAGUCACGUUUGCUACACAAAACAUAUUUCAAGUUCAACAACUUUGCAUUGUUCGCAAACAAUGAACACAAGGAUGAUCUUGCAUAUCGCUUUUGGGACAUUGGAAAGAGAAGUUUUGACAAUUUCUUUCAUUGCCUAGAUAAAAUGGAAACAAAAAGUCUUCAGAUGACGAAUGAAGUCCUUAAAACGAGACAAGAUCUGGAGAAUACGGUUCAUAAUCUUCAAAGUCUAAUUGCGGCUGGAAUGUAUAAAAUAUCCGUUCUAGAAGAAGAAAUUGAUAUUUUUAAGAAGCAUGAAAAGGAGAUACUGGAGAACAAGGAUUUUGUUUACGAGGUCACAGAGCAGGUUCAAGAGAAAGAGGAUAUAUCUGGAAAAGGCCAGCAUACGACGAAUUGCCUGACCUGCAAUUACACUUGCCAUAAAAAAUGUCGCAUACCUGAAGAUUUUCGUAAAGAUCAUUGUGUAGCGAUGAGCAGAGAUGGAACUUGUACUCAAUGUCCCGGAAAUUGUCCCUGGCAAGCCCACCACAACACUCCCUAUAUCAUUCGAUGGGUAUCCAAAAAAGUUAAGAAAACUUACCGUGAAAAAUUGCAGCGAUAUACCUCUGCCCAGGAGAACGUCAGCACUCAGAAACAGGUUCUUCAAAAAAUGACUAGAAAUAUCAAGGAUCUUGAGGAAGGAAUAGCCACUCUUCUCGGUACGAUAACCGACUGUAACAAUAAGCUCAAGGAAAUCGCCUUGAAUGAGAACCCAAUGAAUACGGCCGAAUACAUAGAGUUAAUGAUUGAAAGCGAGAAAAGGGAAAGAAAUUCUGGGUAUAUGGCCCGUAUCAGGGUACUACAAGAAUGUCGACAAAAGGCGUUGAUUGGGUACGAAGCCACAGGUUUCUUACAAAAAUCUAGGCAAACUAGAAGAAGCGCUUCAUCCAAGCAUAAUAUUAGUCUUGGAAAUCGUGAUUCUGGAUCAUCAGUCAUCAGUAAAAUGCAUUCUUUGAUGAGUAGCGUGUAAGUGUAAUAACAAUAUAAGAAUGUAAAUAAAAAAGAAUAUACCAAAUGAUUGGUAGAACAAAAACUUUCUCUAAAUUGCAUUUAUCAUCUCACCGAUUAACAGUUCAUGCCUCAUACGGUUGGGGCUAUGGAAAAAAAUGCUGGUAAUCAUUUGCUAAGAAACCAUAGUAUUAAAAAACCUAUUUCGAAAGACUCAUUGUUAAGCAUUGUAAUUUUUGCGGUGUGAUCUUGUGUGCUAUCACCCAGUUUGCUUAUGUUUUGUUAUAUGAGUUUUGAUUCAUAUCAAUAUAUUAUUUAUAAAAGAAAACAUGGACCGUUUCAUCAUUCGGUAACCGAAACAUUAUAGAAUAUUCAUAGAACAUACAGUGCCUUAUGUAAGAGUUGUUAUGCAGAUAGAAUGCGUGAACAUGUCAAUCUUUCAUCCUCAUUUUCUACAUUGAGAUAUAUCUUAAGCAUUGUAUCGGGAUCGGUGUGAAUUCACUAGUGCUUAUAAACUAUCUAAACUGUGUAUUUGUUUCUAAGAUAGUAUUUUCUAGUUUAGUUUCUUUCUUUGUUCGUUUGCCUGUUAGUUCAUUAGUUUCAUUUCCAGUCUUAAAUUGUCAAGAAUGAAUCAACCAAUAUUUACUUUUAAUGAGACUGAAUAUACUUCAUCAAUUUCUUUUCUUCAACUAUUGGAAGGUAGAUUAAAGCAUAUCAAACCAUGUAGCGGAUUGACUGUCCAUAAAUGAUCGUAUACGUAUGUUAUAUAUUGGUAAAUGUUAAAUUCAACGAUACAUUCCUGGACGCCGUUUCAUCAAUAAGUGUAAAUUUUCAACUAACUAAGUCUUACGCCGACUACGUAAAUCUAGUUACGUAUAAUCUUAGUUUAGCGCAAACCGCGUUUCACGAAACGACGUAAAUACAUGCGUACGUUACUACUCGACUAAAUUUUCAACUAAGCUUACGUGCUUAGUUACCGCGUCCUGAGCAUGCGUACAUCAUACUUUCGGGUGUUUUUUUCACUUGUCGUCUGGACCAAAAUAAUGAAUAAAAAGAACGCAAAGAAAAUGAACAAGCGGAAUUGGUUGGAGACAGAGGUGGCCAUGUUGACAGAGGCAGUUAAAUUUUCCUAUACCAUACUAUUUGGGCACUGCAUACUAAAUCAAACAUAUCACUCCAUAAACAAAAUUUGUUUUUAUCUAAGCCUAUAUAGGCCUAUGUAUAUAUUUUAGAUCUCUUCUUCUACAAAAAGUAGUUGUUUUAUGAUUUCAAAGUUUAUUAUAUUUUAAGUGCAUGUAGGUCGACACGAUACAUCUACAUUGUAUAUAAUCUAGAUCUAGAUAUUAACUAUAUAUUUAUACUUUAAUUGGAUAAUUGAUGUAGACUCAUGGGCCUAGAUGUGUUUGAACAAAUUGAAUAUGUGUGCAUAUUUUACAGUUUGGGAUUAUAUACUGACACGUACCAUCGUUUUGCAAAGUGACUGGGGGGUUGCAGCUGGGACAUAAAUUAGAUGUUGGCUUUUCAAAUAAUCUUUUGUCCUAUCUGCAAAAUCCUUAUUCGGAGGUGGGGUGGAGUGGGUGGUGUUGGAAUCUUUUGAAGUGAUUUCCACAUUUUUUUUUCUCUCAGGUUUCAUUUUCUUCAACCGUGGGGGUGCUAUCUUCAGAGUCUUCUAUCAUGAGUGCCUCAAAACAUUUUCCUACAAACAUCAUGUGUGUGUGGGGUGGGGGUGGGUGAGUGUUAGACUUCUUCUAUUAAUGCUCAUGAUCAUACCUCACUAAAUAGUUUUUAUUCAUAAAUACCUCUCAUUCACUUACAGUACAAAAUUUUAACAAAUCGUAUUGUUAAAAAAAAGUGGAGUAGCAACGCAGGGUGCCCCCUCCCAUUCACUCCGAUUCGUGCCUGAUAUACAUGUACAUGUAGAUGUUUUUCUUUAUUUGAUAACAUAAAAUCUAUAUCUGCACGGAUUAUCCUGCACAUCUCUUAUCACCGAAAUUUGUCAAGUAUCAAACUGUUACGAAGACUUUUUUUUUUAUUUGGAAGAACUUUAUUAUCAUAAUAUAGUUAUAUGAUGUAUCUGUUAAGACGGGAUAUUUUUUCAAGAUUUAAGAUAUACAAUGGAAAAUAGUAGAUCUUAAAGUCACUGUUCAUGAAAUAUACAUUACACUUCCGUAAAUCCACCCACCAUACGACAGAGAUCGAAUUGAAUCGGGCUCGCUAAUCAUUUGUUCCAAGUUAGUCAGAGCGGAAGUUUUGAAGAGAUUUAUAAAUAGCCUACAUAUAAUACAACAAAGUGAAUGUUCCCUUUACGGUGGACUACUUACAAAGGGAUUUGGGAAUAACAUUGUACAUUCAUCAUUUAUGUACAGAUAGACACGUGUGAAAAAUAAUCAUACAGUAAAGGCAAGCCAUAAAUUUACUAGUUUUCAAAGGGACGAAACCCUUAUAGCCUUACAUAUUUAUCGUUGUAAACGUCUAAAAGCACCCUGUCUAGAAAAAAUUGAUCACGACGCAAAGCUCGUCGGUACAAAUUCCAUAUAUAUUUACAAACAGCUAACAGUCGGCCAUGAUUUUUGCUUCCGUAGGUACUUACGUAAGGGUUCGACCUGACGUAGUGUCUCUACUUGUUAGUAGAAAACUUGCGUAAAUUUUAAUUUUACGCCAUUUGAUGAAACGGACUUACGUAAAAUAUUUAGUCUAGUCAGAAAGUUACGCCAAACUAAGCUUACGCAACUAGUUACGAUGUUUGAUGAAACGGCGUCCUGGAAGAGAUAACUAAGAACAUGAACAGAGGUGUCCAUAAAUGAUCGUAUACGUAUGUUACAUGUAUAUAUUGGUAAAUGUUAAAUUCAACGAUACAUUCUUGGAAGAGAUAACUAAAAACAUGAACAGAGGUUUUAUUUUUAAAUAUUACGUUAAUGUAGCUGUUUGAUCAUGAGAUUGUUCAGGAUCUGUAAAACUUUCUUAUCUAUUUGAUUGAAAUAUAAAUUUUGUAUAGUUUAUUGAAGCUUCAAACCAUGUGUUUGUCAUCGAUACUCUCAACUCUGUAUACUAUCUGAGCUAUAAUCUUUGUAUUUUAUUGAACGGGAUGCAUACUUCAGGAACCUGUAGGGAUUUUUUAAGUGUGACUUAAUAUGAACAAUAGCAUGUUGUCUUAUCUUUCAAUUUUAUUUCUAUCAAGGCAUUAUCCUGUUUUAUAAGAUGAGGAACACUUCUAGUAUACUGGUCCCCAAAAUAUGGCGCUAAAAUGUGUGCUGCCCAAGGCGGUUUGGUAUAUAUAUACGAUCGCAUUAGCGAUCAGUAAAAUCGCUUAAUCGAAAAAAUAUCACAAAAAUAAGCUCAAAUUCGAAUUCCUUGUUAAAAACGAAGUUUAAAAAACUGAUUUUUAAAUCAGUGUUUAUAUCCGAAAUGAAAAAUGAUGCAAGAAGACGUACAUUUUUUUCUUCCAAAAUAAAUGGAAUCCGUUGUUGAGCAAAGUGGUCACGUGUGCUUUGUAUACGUAAUUCUCAUGAAUAUUCGUAUGAUACGACGUCACUGAUGUUGAUGUAAACAAACUGAACAGGUGAUUUGUGAUGAAAUGCCCCUAAAACCGAAAUAAUUUGUUUUUUUUGAUUUGUGCUGAUGUAAGAGAGCUGAUUCACUGUUUUGAUAAAUUUGGACAAAAUCUGUGGCAGCUGUAACAACGGGAAAUUUGGAUUAAGAAAGGAUUCGUCAUAUUCAAGCGACGGAUUUGUAUGGAGAUGUUCUAACAAAACCUGCAACAACAAAAUUUCCAUCAGGACUGAUAGUAGGUUUGAAAAGCAGAAAUUAACGCUGGGAAAAAUUCUGUUAAUAACAUAUUUCUGGGUAUACAAAGCUAGUGAAAGUUUCGUGAGACAAGAACUUGAAAUUGCAGGUCAAACUGUUGAUGAUUGGUAUAAUUAUUCCCGAGAAGUGUGUACCUGCAUUUUAGAGAAGAACUCAGAAAAAGUAGGAGGAGUGGAAAAAUUUGUGGAAAUUGACGAAAGUAAAUUUGGUAAAAGAAAAUUUCACAAGGGACGGAAAGUUGACAGUGUCUGGGUUUUUGUGGCAUUGAAAUGGAGGCGAAAAGGUGGGGUUUUUUUUUUUACAACAGUGGUAGAUCGAAAACGAGAAACUCUCCUCGAAAUAAUAAAAGCCAUCAUAUAGCCUGGUACAACUAAAAUCAACGAUUGCUGGAAAGCUUAUGAUAUUCUUGAUAAAGAAGGGUUCGAACAUUUAAAAGUAAAUCAUUCUGUAAACUUUGUAGAUUCCGAUACAGGGGCACACACCAAUACCAUAGAAUCUACCUGGCGUGCAUUAAAAAAGUCAUUACCAGUCAACGGCACAGUUAAAUCUUUGUACGAUACUUAUUUAAGUCAGUACUGCAUCCGAAAAAAAUAUCUUACAGACUGCCAAGAUCCAUUCCUUAAAUUUCUACAACUUAUUGAAUCUGUAUAUGACCCCUCGAUACUCGUAUCCAACCUUACUUCAUCAAAGCCAAAAGAAUCCUUCAUUGCCAAACAACGACAAGUUCUUCAACCCCUCGAUCUAAUUAAUGCAAACAACAGCUUAGAUGAUUUUAUAUUGUAAGGUAAGACAAUUUUAAACUCCAUUUGGCUUGUCGGGGGCUGCCGCCCCCAAGCCCCAGCUUAAUCUACUCAAACGCCGUUGGGCUUUUAUUUUUAUCGCACGAUUUUCAUUGCUCAGCAUCCGAGGCGAAAAUGUAAAUGGCGGCGUGUUUACAUUGCGCUUAGCAACGGCAAGGGAAAUAACUGUUCAUGCACAGUCUCGUGCUUCUGGGGACCGGUAUACUAGAAACUUCCCUAAGAUGAUACUGUUAACAAAUUAUUUGUUAUGAUUUUCACUACUCGUUGUAUGAAUUACUUCAAUAAAACUUAAUUUAGUCGA